AUGUUUUCCUCCGAUGAGAAGUUACGGCCACGGGGGUAUCCAAAGUUUUUUGGACCGAUCUUGAAAGACACAGAAGAAAAUCUGGUCAUCUUGUAUACCAAGAACAACUGCAACGAAUCGAAAACAAUGCGGGAUCGUUUAAAAAACGAAAAGAUAAAUUUUGUCGAAAAGAACAUUGACAACCUUUCAAAAGAGAACCCACAGGCUGCAAAGGAUUAUGCCCUUGGAUUGCGAGUGAUCGCACAAAGCAAAGCAUGCCGCAGCUUUUCGAACUUGUCAAGCAAUGUUUCGAAAAGAAAAAAGAAGAACCGGCGAAUAGAGUUGACCACCCUUCAUUAUAGGUCAAGCAUGGGAGGUUCAACUUCGCAGCAUAAACAAGAAUUGCCAAAGAUUUGUGAUCCAAUCGUCGAAGAAGUUCGCCAAAAUUCAGUUGUUAUGUAUUCUACAACAUCUUGUGGUUAUUGUAAAAUGGCGAAGGAUUUGUUGAGAAACGAAGAGAUAGAGUUUGUUGAAAAGGAUAUUGAAGCAAUGCAUAAGAACAGCCCCGAGCAAGCGACUCAAUACGUAAAAGCGCUGCAAAUUAUCACAAAGAAAACUACAGUUCCGCAGAUUUUUAUCUGCAAACAGCACAUUGGUGGUUAUACGGAUCUUGACAAAGUUCGUCCACGUUUGCACGAAAUGAUAUCAAGAUGUGAUCUUAAUCACAAGAAGCCUUCCCGAAGUGUAAAAAACGAGAAAAGUAUGCUC